AUGAGCGCGUGCGGCAGGAAGGCUCUGGCAUUGCUGAGCAGCGUGUUUGCGGUCAGCGGCCUGGGGCUUCUGGGAGUUGCGGUCUCUACAGACUACUGGCUGUACCUGGAGGAGGGGGUCAUCUUGCCCCUGAACCAGACCACUGACAUCAGGACCUCCCUGCACUCUGGACUCUGGAGAGUCUGCUUCCUGGCAGGUGAAGAGGCAGGUCGCUGUUUCACCAUAGAGUACAUCAUGCCCAUGAACUUACAGCUGACCUCUGAGUCCACAGUCAGUGUACUUAAGAUGAUUCGUUCAGCCACUCCGUUUCCUCUGGUCAGUCUGUUCUUCAUGUUCAUCGGCUUUGUGCUAAACAACAUCGGACACGUCCGACCUCAUCGCACCAUCCUGGCCUUUGUCUCCGGAAUCUUCUUCAUCCUCUCAGGUCUGGCUCUGGUGGUAGGUCUCGUGCUGUAUAUAUCCAGUAUUAAUGACGAGAUGUUGAACAGGACUAAGAGCAGUGAGUCCUACUUCAGCUACCGGUACGGCUGGUCCUUCGCCUUCGCUGCCAUCUCCUUUCUGCUCACUGAGAGUGCGGGCGUCAUGUCCGUCUAUCUGUUCAUGAAGCGCUACACAGCCGAGGAAAUGUACCAGCGCCACCACCCCGGCUUCUACCGGCCGCGCCUCAGUAACUGCUCUGACCACUCCGGUCAGUUCCUGCACCCGGAAACCUGGGCACGCGGACGCAGCCCCUCGGACAUCUCCAGCGAAACCUCGCUCCAGAUGAGCGCCAGCUACCCAGCCCUGCUCAAGUGCCCCGACUACGACCAGGUCUCCUCCUCACCCUGCUGAAGGGGUCAUCAGGUCAGGGCAGGUCGCCAAGGUCAAGGGUGAGAAGUCAUAGGUGAUGUUGCUUUUAGAUACUGAUCUAAGAUCAGCUUCCGUUUUUCUUUUUUAAGUUAUCUGGAAUCUGUGGAGGGUUGCUGGAAAGUUGCUGGGUGUGGAUAGAACCUCCCGCCUGCAUAGUUUACUGGGAGAUCAGUCCCAAUAGAUAUACAGGGAAGCCUCUGUCUCUUUAUUUUGUUGUUGUUCGUUCCCAUUGUGAUGCUGCGUCCUGGACCUUGUUUGAAAACUACUACCAGCCAUGAUUGCUGCUGAGGCAACAGUUGAUGCCGCUGUGCC